AUGAAGUGGCGAAUUGGACCGAAGGAAAUCCACCGCGGUCGCGGUGGAACCGCGGUUAAACCGCGGCAGAUCAAGUGGCGAGGCAGAAUGUUUAUUGUUCACCGCGGUUCUGCCGCGACCGCAGUGAACUGUUCGAUGCCUAUCUCCGCUGCCUUGACCAACCCCCGAAACUUCAUCACCAAGAUCACUCGAUACAAUAAGGUAGUCAACAUCCCAAACUCGAUGACAAUCUUGGAUAAACUUCUCCCAAUAUCCCUCGAGAUGACAAAGAGAAACCUGACUGGAAUAUGUAACUUCACUAAUCCUGGAGUUGUUAGCAAUAAUGAGAUUCUUGAAAUGUACCGUGACAAUGUCGACCCGAGCUUUAGUUGGAAGAAUUUCACUCAUGAGGAGCAAGCAAAGGUCAUUGUUGCUCCUAACAAUGAGCUUGAUACUUCAAAAAUGAGCAAGGAAUUCCCUGAAAUGAAAUCCAUCAAAGAGUCCCUCAUUGAGUAUGUUUUCAAGCCAAAUAGGAAAACAAGAGUAGCUUGA